CCUUCUAUUUGCUAGUGCUUCGCCAUGGCUGGCUGUGCUUCUCGUGCCAUCGAAUCGCGAAUCGCCGAGUCUACGACAAUCGACGAAGCACGUAUAGAUACGUCAGCUGCUGAACGAGGCACAUCACGAGAUGAAGUAGACGCCUCCCCUGCUGAUAGUAAGUCUGGCGCAGUCACGGACACUGACUACGUAUGUCAAACAAAAACGCCAACUCGCUUUCGAUUGAGCAAUAACUGGAAGACCGAGUUGCUCUCGUCCGAAGUACCAGAUGUCAUGCCGGUCAAGUGUGGCGACCUGGAGGGCGAACUCCAUGUGCAGCUACUCGGGUCAGGCAGUCGUGGCCCGUGCAUACACGCCGACGGCGAAUGGCUGACGCCCAAUCAGUUUGAAUGUAAGGGCGGCCAUGGUUACUUUCGCUACUGGAAGCGCAGCAUUCGCCACGGUAGGAAGCCGCUCGACUGCUAUCUAAAACUGGGUCUCAUCAAACUACACCCAAGAUUCUGUUCCUGUCAGCGUUGCUCUGCGCCUAUCGUCGACGCGCCACAGAGGCUGCGUUUGAACAAGGGGAAGAAACGAAGGCGAGACAGAGAACAGAAAGAGCCGAAUGAGUCUCAGAGAGACGACGGGCUAGGGAUGAGUGAGUCUGAGAGUCACAGCGAAGCGGACAGCGGCAACGAGGAAGGCAAACGUUGGCGAGACGGAAGUAGAAGAGACAGCAUUGAAAGCGCAAAUCAUGACGACCGUCCGACCGCGGAGGUCGCCGCCGCCACGACGCAGCGGACACCACGCGGAAGGAAGCGAAGCAGGCUCGAACAGUUGCUCGAAAACGGUCAGGGAAACGGUGGGAAUAGGAGAAACAGACUCUGCGAUAGCAGAUUAGUGAGAGGCAAUAGCAAAGAUUCACCAUUGGAGUCAAGUAACCAAACUGAACAAGAAAGUAUCACCGGCAGUUCGACGUCUGCAGUCACUCCAAACGCUAUGUCGUGUUUUGCUCCCAAUUCGUUCAGCGCCGGACGCGAGGAUGGCACAAAUGACUCCACGUCGGCGAAAAAAACCGUUCAGUCAGAGUAUGUUCGGCGCAAUUUGUUUCCUGUUCGUGAACGCCAGUCAUUCGACCUCGAGUUGGUGGCUUCAGCGUCUGCUUCCCUCGUUGACCUCAAUGGCGCUCGUUCUCUUCGCAGUCAGAAGGCUUCUAACGCAAGCAAAGUUGGUGAAACGCCGGAUGGGAACGUCAAGCAGUCAGAAUUCCAUGGCGCCAGCGCCGACGCUACGCACGUCAUUAAAAAUGCGAGUCAAUCACCGAGUUUGAUUCGUAGGGAAUCCGGUAUGUCAUCAAGAAAGUUGGCUCUGCGAAGUCGGAUCCUUGUCGCUGUUCGCAAGGCAGGAGUCGACAGCGACGUGAAGCGCUGGAGUGUGGAUGACGUGGCCGCGUUCAUGCGCAAUGUCGGGUUUAAGUUUCAGAGCUCGUUGUUUAGGGAGCACUUGAUAAACGGCGAAGCACUAAUGCGCGUGCAAGAAAAACAUCUUUUGGAGACAUUCAAGGUCAAGCUCGGAACAGCACUUUGCCUUUUUUCAGUUAUUCACGGUCUACAGGUAGGAUUAGCAGCUAGAGUUGACUGACGUAGGACGAAUAUUGGCAUGCACUCAUUGUAAAGUUAGUAUAGACUCUAAUAUCAGUGAUGCUGUAAGUUUAAAAAUUAUGUUGCAAAUUUAGAACGAAAUGUUUAGAACAUUGGUAAUGGCAAAAGGUAAAUGGUGACGAGGUA